AAAAACAUCCGACACGUAAAUGGAAGAUAGUCUACACGUCUAUGAAAAUUGAACACAGUGGCGAAAACCAAUUUAGAGAGCUCAGCGAAUUCCAUCGCUGUGGGGAAAAGGAAGCUUUGCAGAAAGCAGAUUGAGGGAAGCUAUGGAGUCGAAGAGCAAUCCCAACUCUCUCACAAUACUUCACAACGCCAUGAUCAUCACCAUGGAUCCUGAAAACCGUGUCUUCCGGAACGGCGGAAUCGUAAUCGCCGGCGACAAAAUCGAGGCCAUCGGCCACUCUUCCGAACUUCUCCGCCAAUUUUCUGCCUCUGCCGAUCACAUUGUCGACCUUCAUUCUCAAAUCUUGCUCCCUGGGUUUAUUAACACGCAUGUCCACACUUCUCAGCAGCUUGCUCGGAGCAUAGCCGAUGAUGUGGAUUUAAUGACUUGGUUGCACCAUCGCAUUUGGCCCUACGAAUCAAGCAUGACUGAGGAAGAUUCCUACAUUUCCACUUUGCUCUGUGGUUUAGAACUCAUCCACUCGGGUGUAACAUGCUUCGCUGAGGCAGGGGGGCAACAUGUAUCUGGAAUGGCCAAGGCAGUAGAGUUGCUGGGUUUGCGGGCGUGCUUAACUCAGUCGAUAAUGGACUGUGGGGAAGGAUUGCCGCAUACUUGGGCUGCUACAACCACUGAUGAUUGCAUUCAGUCUCAGAAGGAGCUUUACAAGAAGCACCACAACACAGCAGAUGGGCGCAUCAGAGUAUGGUUUGGUAUCAGACAAAUUAUGAAUGCUACAGAACGUUUAUUGAUUGAAACAAGGGAUAAUGCAAUAGAACUGAAAACGGGGAUCCACAUGCAUGUUGCAGAGAUACCCUAUGAGAAUCUGAAGGUGAUGAGUGAUCGAAAAGUUGAUCAUGGAACGGUUACUUACUUGGAGAAAAUACAGUUCCUGCAAAACAAUUUGCUGUCUGCUCAUACUGUUUGGGUUGAUGACAAUGAGAUUAGUUUUCUUUCAAGGAAUGGGGUCAAAGUAUCCCACUGUCCAGCUUCUGCAAUGAGAAUGCUUGGAUUUGCACCUAUCAGAGAGAUGCUCGAUGCUGGUAUUUGUGUUUCCAUUGGAACAGAUGGAGCACCGUCAAAUAAUAGAAUGAGCAUAGUUGAUGAGAUGUAUCUCGCAUCUCUAAUUAACAAAGGCCGGGAAGUGUAUGCAAAUGGAACAACCAAUCCCUCUGCUCUUCCUGCUGAAGUAGUUCUGAGAAUGGUGACAAUAAAUGGUGCAAAAUCUGUACUCUGGGAGAAUGAAAUAGGAUCACUCGAAGUUGGGAAGAAGGCGGAUAUGGUUGUGAUCAAUCCUUCCUCAUGGUCUAUGGUCCCUGCCCAUGACAGUAUUUCCUGCCUUGUCUACAGCAUGAGGACUGAAAAUGUGGUCUCUGUAAUGUGCAAUGGCCGGUGGAUAAUGAAAGAUAAGAAGAUUUUGAAUGUGAAUGAGGAAGAUGUAAUUUUGAUGGCAAAGAAAGCUUCCAAGGAACUGCUUGAGAGAGCAGGAAUCAGAAUUCCAAACAGGAUGAACUUCAUGUAAUUGUCAUGCAGCUUCUCUUCAGUUUGUUGUUUUCAGCUUUCAUCAAGUGUAUCACUCAUUCACCCAACCUGUUAUGUUUUUACUUGAUGGUUAAUGUUUUUUUUUCCUUUUAAUUUAGUUUAAAAAAGUUUGAAUUAAAUCUUCUAGGUC